GCGCACAUGGUCUGUUUUAGUGCGUCAAUGCAGAUGUGCAUAACCAGGACAACUGCCCCGAACACCUGGUCUGUCCGGUAGCUUGGCUGAUGGUGGGAAAAAAAUCUACGCAGAAAUAAAUUUGAAAAAUGUUUGUAUCUUUGAGACUUUGUAACUUAAGGGUGGCUAUGAAAAGAAGGGGAAAACCAGGAGGUGGUGGGAGCGAGAUUAGGAGCGAUGAAGGGGUGGAGUGGCAGACGGAACGCAGACAGGAAGAGACGCCAUUAGCCGAGUGUCAGCGAUGUGGCCUUUUCGCUCGGCGCCCUUUGGCCCGACACACCCAGAGAUCAAGUUACAUUGUUAGAUCAGAGCCCGACGGGAGUGGGGGCUGGGGAGAGCGGCGGUGCAGGGAGCUGAGAUCGCAGAGUUGGAGAAACACUGCAGCUUGAUGCCUGGAAAACAGAAGUGCAGAGCUCUCUAAAAGUCGUGGGCUUUGCAGCGAAUCGCCAAAGUGUUUUGGACGUGUCUUGUGGGAGAAAAGGCGGUUCAAGAAAUGCAGAUGUGAGAGUGGAGCGUGUGAACAGAGCGAGAGGUUCUUGUUGUUAAAGAUCUUGGUCUGCAAGGUGAAAAUGGCUAUGCAGAUGAGCGAAGCAGAGGGCACCAUGAAGGUGACCGAGUGGCAGAAGACCAUCUACUCUACGGACUCGGGCAUCCAGUCGGGUGCCACCACGGUGCGGAGCUUUAGUGAUGACGACGGCCUGGAGCACGGCUCCAAGAAGUACACGCUCACCACUACAGUUACCGAGAUCCCCGCAGAUGUGGAGUCCCAGUACAUGCUGACCCGAGCCCAGAGGGUGCGUGCGGCCAUGUUCCCCGAGACCAUGGAGGGCGUGUCUGUGCUGUCCACGCAGACGGACACGACGCAGCAGACCAAUGUGCAGAGGCUGGCGGAGCCAUCGCAGCUGCUCAAAACGGCCAUCAUGCACCUGAUCAACUACCAGGACGAUGCGGAGCUGGCGACCCGCGCCGUGCCUGAGCUCACCAAGCUGCUGAACGAUGACGACCAGGUGGUCGUGAACAAGGCUGCUAUGAUAGUGAACCAGCUGACACGGAAGGAUGCCUCCCGCAAGGUGCUCAUGCAAUCGCCGCAGAUGGUGGCUGCGGUUGUGCGUACCAUGCAGAACACCAAUGACAUGGAGACGGCUCGCUGCACGGCCAGCAUCCUGCACAAUCUGUCACACCAGCGUGAGGGCCUGCUGGCCAUCUUUAAGUCAGGAGGCAUCCCGGCACUGGUGCGCAUGCUGAGCUCCCCGAUGGAGCCUGUGCUCUUCUAUGCCAUCACGACGCUGCACAACCUGCUGCUGCACCAGGAAGGGGCCAAGAUGGCUGUGCGCCUUGCUGACGGCUUGCAGAGAAUGGUGCCCCUGCUGAAGAAGAGCAACCCCAAGUUCCUGGCCAUCACCACGGACUGCCUGCAGCUGCUGUCCUACGGCAACCAGGAGAGCAAGCUCAUCAUCUUGGCCAAUGGUGGUCCAGAAGGUCUUGUGCAGAUCAUGAGGAACUACAACUACGAGAAGCUGCUGUGGACCACCAGCCGGGUGCUGAAGGUGCUGUCAGUCUGCCCCAGCAACAAGCCAGCCAUCGUUGAGGCUGGUGGAAUGCAGGCUCUGGGGAAGCACCUGUCUGGGUCCAGUCAGCGUCUCAUGCAGAACUGCCUGUGGACUCUGCGCAACCUGUCUGAUGCUGCCACAAAGCAGGAUGGCCUGGAUGGCCUGCUGCAAGUGCUUGUGGGGCUGCUGGGGUCGGACGACGUGAACAUGCUGACGUGUGCCACGGGCAUCCUCUCCAAUCUGACAUGCAAUAACAGCCGCAACAAGUCGCUCGUGACCCAGAGCAAUGGCGUGGAAGCACUCAUCCAUGCCAUCCUACGUGCUGGAGAGAAGGAGGAUGUAACUGAGCCGGCUGUCUGUGCCCUGCGCCACCUCACCAGCCGUCACCCUGACGCCGAGAUGGCCCAGAAUGCCGUGCGUCAGUACUAUGGCAUUCCCGCCAUCGUCAAGCUUCUCAAUCAGCCGUACUACUGGCCCGUUGUCAAGGCCACGGUUGGACUGAUCCGCAACCUGGCCCUGUCUCCAGCCAACCAAGGUCCCCUGAAGGACGCAGGUACCAUUCCUCGGCUGGUCAGCUUGCUGUUGAAGGCCCACCAGGACGCGCAGAGACAAGCCACGUCCAGCACGCAGCAAACCUACCAGGAUGGUGUGCGCAUGGAGGAGAUCGUGGAGGGCUGCACGGGUGCCUUGCACAUCCUGGCUCGGGACCCUGCAAACAGGGCUGAUAUAGCGAGCAUGCAGACAAUUCCGCUCUUUGUACAGCUACUCUACUCACCUAUCGAGAACGUGAAGAGGGUGGCAGCUGGUGUCCUAUGCGAGCUGGCGCUCGACAAGCAGUCGGCGGAGCUCAUCGAUGCCGAAGGGGCCUCGGCACCUCUCAUGGAGCUCCUGCACUCCAGCAACGAAGGCAUUGCCACGUAUGCUGCUGCCGUCCUCUUCCGCAUCUCUGAGGACAAGAAUCCAGACUACCGGAAGCGCGUCUCCGUGGAGCUGACGCACUCGCUGUUCAAGCAUGACCCCGCCGCCUGGGAGAUGGCCCACAAUAGCGUGCCCAUGGACGUCGGAUACGUACACGAUGAGCUAGACGGAGGCUACCCCCCGUAUCCGUACGGCGCAGACAUGCCUGGGGAUGGGGAGGGGCUGAUGGAUGAUUACCAGCCCAGCAUAGCCUUUGAUACCUUGCACAGACAAGGCUACAAUGACAACUACUAA